AUGAACUCCUUCUAUGAGCUCGCCGAACUGAGGGAGCAGAUCAUCCGAAUCAAAGAAGACGAGGACAUCCCUCUCGUCGUGGUAGGGAACAAAUCUGACAUGGAGGAUGACCGGGCUGUGCCUCGCGCCAGAGCCUUUCAACUGGCGCAGUCAUGGGGCCAAAAACCAUAUUUCGAGACCUCAGCUCGAAGACGGACGAACGUGGACGAAGUUUUUCUCAACCUUUGUCGACAGAUUCUGCAAAAGGACAACGCUCGUACUCAGCUAGAAGGUCGACCAGAACUAAUCGACAUGAUAGGCGCAGGCGCCGCAAUCGUGACAGAUGUGUAA